AUGGCCGAGACCCUCAGCGAGCUGCUCAAGCUCGAGCCCGCCCGGCAGGACACGACGACGCUGGCCUACCUGUCGCACCUCGCCGAGCUGCCCGUCGACGACCUUCGCUCCUCGGAGCCCCAGCGCCUCUCGCAGGCGUCUCAUUCGCUGCUUCUCUCCGUGCAGGCGCUGUCCAAGAAGUCCCAGAAGCUUGUCGUCGAGUCGGCCGCCAGCCAUGCCUCGCUGCGCCAGACCUUGCCGGCCAUGGCCCAGAGCGCCAACGAGCUCGCCCAGGCCAUCCCACGCCUCGACCGCGAGGCCGAGGCCUUCUCGGCUGCCUUUGGCAAGGCCGGCGAGAGCGCCCUCGUCGCCCGCCGGAAGCAGGCGUUGCGUUUGUUGCACAACUCGGAGCGCCUCGUCGAUGUCAUGGAGCUCCCGACCCUGCUCCAGUCAGCCGUCAAGGGGAGUCCCGCCGGCUACUCUUCCACCCUCGAUCUCUACGCCCACGUCCGCCGUCUGGCCUCUCUCUACCCGACGUCUCCCCUCGUCUCCUCCGUUCUGUCCGAGGCAGACGCCGCCGUCCGCCAGAUGGCUGCAGACCUCCUCGUGGCCCUCAAGGCGCCUGGCCUCAAGCUAGCCGCUGCCUUGCGCACCGUCGGCUGGCUCAAGCGCAUCGUCCCCGACCUCGUCUCCGGUACCCCUGGCGACGACGCCCUCCCAGCGCUUUUUCUCGUCUGCCGCCUGACGACUCUCCUGACCACGCUUGCCGCCCUUGAGCCGCUGCGUGAGCUUGCCGACGACGAGCGCCUGCGCCAGGCUAAAUCCGCCCAAGCCUGGUCGGGUGGCCAGCAGACGGAGCGCUAUCUCAAGAGGUUCAUCGAGGUGUUUCGCGAGCACAGCUUCGGUAUCGUGUCCAUGUCAAAGAGCGUCGAUGCCAGUUUCGCCGCGCCGCCCGGCCUUUCUGUCGACGGCGAUCCUCUGCGCACGCUGCCCUCGGCGCUGUCCACGCUGCCGCUGCACCUCGUCGACCUGUUGCUCGAGGCACUGCGUAUCCAUCUCCCCUCCGUCAGGGACCAGGCGUCACGCGACAGCAUCAUCACACAGGUCCUCUACUGUGCGGGCAGCCUGGGGCGGCUCGGCGCUGACUUCGGUAUGCUUCUGGCCGUCAUCGGCAUCGACGAGUGGGCCGACCUUGUCAAGCGCCAUCGACUUCUGGCAGGACGCCUCGAAUCGGUCAUAGGCGACUACCGUGGGCACGCGGCAGCACCCUCCUCGCCAGCUGCCGCCGCCACAAGUCGCUGA